UUUAUAUAUACAUAUAUAUAUAUCUUCAUGUCUUCUGUUUCAAAACUCGCUCAAUUUGGUAAAAAGCAUAUUGCUGCCGGUAUUGGUAGAUCCACAGAAUUGGUGAUUGAAAAAGCAAAGGGCACUUAUGUUUAUACUGUCGAUGGUAAAAAGUAUCUUGAUCUCACUACUGGUAUUGGUGUGACCAACACAGGCCAUUGUCACCCUACUGUUGUAAAGGCUGUUCAAGAACAAGCAGGUAACUUGUCUCAUGGUCAAGUUAAUAUCUUUUAUCAAAAACCUAUGCUUGAUCUUAUCGAUGGUUUAUUGCCCAAGAUGCCCUCGCCUCGAUUGGACACCUUCUUCUUUUGGAACUCGGGUUCUGAAGCUGUUGAGGCUGCUAUCAAAGUAGCUCGUCAUGCCACAAAGCGACAAAACAUCAUUGUCUUUCAAGGUUCUUACCAUGGCCGUACAUUUGGUACCAUGGCCUUGACGACUUCCAAGACGAUCUACAGCGCUGGUUUCUCUCCUUUGAUGCCUGGUGUUCACGUCGCUCCUUAUCCUUACUUCCAACAAUGGGCUUGUCAUAAGGCUGAUCCUAAGCAAUUCACACCUGAGUGGUGUGGUGAAGAAGCUCUUCAUCAAUUAGAAAUCUUGUUGAAGCAACGUACAGAUCCCAAAGAUACGGCUGCUAUUUUGAUUGAACCUGUUCAAGGUGAAGGUGGCUAUGUUGUUCCUCCUCAAAAUUUCCUUGCUGGCCUUAGAAAGAUUUGCGAUAAACAUGGCAUCCUGUUGAUUUGUGAUGAAGUACAAUCUGGUUUUGGUCGUACAGGUAAAAUGUUUGCUGUUGAACACUUUGGUGUUGAGCCCGAUAUUUUGGUCAUGGCCAAGGGUAUUGCCUCAGGUUAUCCUCUUUCUGCUAUCGUGUCUCGUAAAGAAAUCAUGGAUCUUCAACCUGCUGGUUCCAUGGGUGGCACUUAUGCCGGUAAUGCCAUUUCUUGUGCUGCUGCCAAGGCUACACUUCAAGUAUUUGAAGAAGAAAAACUUUUGGAUAACUGUGCUGCUCGCUCUGAACAAUUCUUCAAGACAUUAAGAGAAAAAAUCCCUGCUCUUUUGCCUGAAGGUGUGACAUGCGAUAUUCGUGGUAAAGGUCUGAUGAUUGGUAUUGAAUUCAUGGGUGUUCCUUAUGGAUUUGCUAGCAGUGUGGCUGCUGAAGCCUUAAAGUUGGAUACCCUUAUCUUGACCACCUCUAUUUAUGAAACACUUCGUUUAAUUCCUCCUCUUAACAUCACUGAAGAAGAAACCUCUCUUGCUCUUGAAAGAAUUGUUGCUUCUGUGGGUGCUGCCGUCAAGAACCUCAAGGUUUAAAAUAUUGUACAAUAGA